AUGGCGAGCCAGUUGCGCAGGAAGCCGAAUGCAUUUAAUCUUUUGCAUCAAAUGAACCUACUUCGCAAGUUCAACUCUUUGAAGGAUGGAGAAGAGGUCUGGGCAAAAGCGUGUGAGAUCUCAGAAGCCUAUGUCGUUGGCAAGGCGGAGUCACAGGCUGCACUCCACCUUUACAAUGACGUUUCUCCCAGGAUUGCAUUGCAACAUUCAAUGGCCAAGUUCUUGACUCAUGAGAGCAUAGCUGCGGGCGCUUGGAACCAGAACUAUUGCAGUGCCACAGACACAAUGCAAGCCUGGCAAGAAACCCUGACCAACACCGAGCAGAUUCUGGACAUGACGGUCGACCGGAUGUCUCGUGAUUGGUUAAGUUUGGCUCCAAAGAUGCGCAAAGCCUUCACCCUGAAGGAUGUUGAAUACUACCAACGCAGCAGUGCAAUUUUUCUGGCUUGCAUGAGCCGCUUCGAAUCUGAGUUCCCAAUUGACUUUGUGGAAAAGGAGCGCCCUCGCAUCAAACGGUUUGAUUUGAAACAUGGUGACGCAGAGCUGGUGGGAAUGCUGGAGGGAGCUCCGCCAGUUGAUUUGGAGCGGUGUGGGAUCUUUCGUACAGCCAUUGCAAAAUUUCAGAGACAGGCUGAGGACGAAAAGGUGAAGGCUUCUGAAGAGCAACUUGGAUGGCCUGCUAGUACAAAGGGGUGCCAAGCCUAUCAGAUGCACAUGCAGACUUGCUGCAAUUUCAAUCUGACUGUGGUGGAACGCCAAGCUCGCUUUGCAGCAGUGAGUAGCUUGCACAAGACCUUUGGUUUCAGCAAGAGCCAUGUCUUUUUGGGAGUUCUGGGUCCCAUCACCCGGGCUCGAGUUACAGAGUUGAUUUCGGACGUGCAGCAGCGCGGCGUCAUUGGAACCAAAGAGAUUUUGCUCAAGCUCAUUGAUGGUCUGGACAUCCCGCCUGAUUCACGGGUGUUUGUCACCGAUUUGACCCCGAACAAGUUCAACGAGUGGGGCCGCGCUGUGUGGGAGUUGCAGAAGGCUUGCAAAGAGUCUGGCCGUGGCCAUGACUGGCGCUAUACUUGCUACUAUGAUGAGGAAUGGUGGGACAAGUCAGCCGAAGCCGGCCCGCAAUCCCGUCCGGGAGAGCAGUUCCAAGAAGUGAAGCCGCAGCUGGAAGUCUUGGCAGUAGAUUCCGAGAAGAACAUCUUGCUUCCGGAUUCCAUCCUGGCCUCGCUGGGGCAUUGCAGCGCCAAGUUCACCAAAGCACUGCAGGUUUGGAAUGAGGAUCAUUCCUUGACAAUGCGUGGCAACUGUUCAGAGUCUCAGCCUCCAACUCCAACACCUUCAAGAGGUGAACGUUCAACCCCCAGACGCACGCGCUGCUCGCCUGCCUUCACCGCCGCUGACCAGCCCAAGAACUUGCAGAAAGUCAUUGAGCCAGCAACGGUGUUGUCCGAAGUCGGGAUUGUGGCCACGGACACUUAUGAACUCUGGCUUCUCAAUGACACCGACGAGUUGAUCGAGCUGGAUGCUUGCGAAUUGUUUGGCUUCGGUAUGGGAGCUUAUGUUGCCAAAGCGGCAGGAACGGCUCGCAGUGAGGGCGACAAGUACAUCCCAUGGAUUUUGAACAAGGACACGGAUGUCGUCAUCCAAGUCGCAGAGUCUGGCAAGUCGCCGACAUGUAUCUCUGAGAUGGCGUGCCAAGCGGCGCAGCGGCAAGGGCUGACUGAGAUGACCCUCGUGGAUCACAGUUUGACGCAGCGCGUCCAGGAGAAUGAGCCGUUGCCUUUUCGUUAUGAUGUUCAAGUGAAUGGGCGGACCAACGUGUAUGAGCACAAGCCCUUGGCAGAUUCGGUGGACCGCUUGGCUGUCCGCCCCACCUUGUUUGGCCUGAUCUUUGCUGGAAAUUUUGGGAAGCUCCCAACGACGCAGGCCCAGUUGGCAUGGGAAGUACUGUGGACGCAACAGGUUUAA